CACUGGAUUAACACCGUUUCCAGCUGCUCUUAGAGAUGCCUGCUUAUCUCACAGGAGUUUACCUUCUGCUGGUAUUUCUAAACAUUUCUUCAGGGUCUCGUCUUCGCCAGGAAGACUUCCCUCCCCGCAUUGUGGAACACCCUUCUGACCUCAUUGUGUCCAAAGGGGAGCCAGCCACUCUGAACUGUAAGGCAGAGGGCCGUCCGCCGCCUACGGUGGAAUGGUACAAAGAUGGGGAGCGUGUUGAGACGGAUCGGGAAAAUCCCCGUUCCCACCGUAUGCUGCUUCCCAGUGGGUCCCUCUUCUUCCUGCGUAUCGUCCAUGGACGACGGAGCAAGCCAGACGAUGGCAGCUACGUGUGUGUGGCCCGAAACUAUCUGGGCCAGGCGAUCAGUCACAAUGCUUCUCUGGAAGUAGCCAUCUUACGUGACGAAUUUAGGCAGAAUCCUGUUGACGUUAUGGUCGCAGUGGGUGAGCCUGCGGUCCUGGAGUGCCAGCCACCCCGUGGACACCCCGAGCCCACAAUCUCCUGGAGGAAAGAUGGCUCCAACUUAGAUGACAGAGAUGAACGCAUAACAAUUCGGAGUGGCAAACUAAUGAUCACCAACACUAGGAAGAGUGAUGCAGGGAAAUACAUCUGCGUUGGAACCAACAUGGUGGGAGAGAGGGAGAGUGAGAUUGCCGAACUCACGGUGCUUGAGCGUCCGACCUUUGUGAAGCGGCCCAGCAGUGUAGUGGUGCUGGCAGAGGAGAGUGUGGAGUUCAGCUGUGUUGUCCAAGGAGACCCUGUUCCCACUGUCCGCUGGAGGAGAGAUGAUUCUGACCUGCCUAAGGGCAGAUUUGAAAUCCUAGAGGACCAUACCUUGAUUGUUCGCCAAGUGACCUCUGCAGACGAAGGCUCUUAUACAUGUGUGGUGGAGAACAUGGUUGGGAAGUCUGAAGCGUCUGCCACGCUCACUGUACAUGUCAAUACUGUGCCCCCGGCUUUUGCCAUUCGUCCCAGGAACCAGGUGGUGGCAGUGGGCAGGACGGUCACCUUCCAAUGUGAGGCUACUGGCAACCCGCAGCCUGCUAUUUUCUGGCAGAGGGAGGGCAGUGAGAGUCUUCUCUUCUCCUACCAGCCACCGCAGCCCUUUAGCCGGCUGUCCGUCUCCCAGAUGGGCAGUUUGACCAUUACCAAUGUUCAACGUACUGAUGGCGGCUUUUAUAGCUGCCAGGCUCUUAACAUCGCUGGCAGCGUUAUUACCAAAGCGCUGCUGGAGGUUACAGACUCUGGGUCAGACCACCCUCCUCCUGUCAUUAGACAGGGUCCGGUCAAUCAGACUGUUUCUGUAGACAGCACAGUAACCCUGGGUUGCCAAAGUGUUGGCACUCCAACGCCUGCCGUUCACUGGAAGAAAGAUGGUGUGGUGGUGUCUCCUGUGGACUCCCGUAUGUCGCUAACAGAAACAGGAUUGCUGAAGAUUCACUAUGCUAAGCUGGGAGAUACAGGUUUCUACACCUGCGUUGCUUCUAAUUCCAAUGGAGAGGCUUCUCGGACAGCGUACUUGCAAGUUGAAGAGUUUGGAGUUGUUGUCCAGUCUGGUCAUCCCUCAGACCCUAGCCUGAUUCCCAGUGUUCCAUCUAAACCUGAGGUGACUGACAUCAGCCGUACCUCUGUCACUCUAUCAUGGAAAUCUGGCCCCAGUGGUGCUGCACCACCCACCUCUUACCUGAUUGAGGCAUUCAGUUACACAUUAGGCAGCAGAUGGGUGACCCUGGCAGAGCAUGUGAAGGCGCAGACCUUUGUCCUGAGAAACCUGAAGCCUGGAACUGUAUACCUCUUUAUGGUCAGAGCAGUGAAUUCUUAUGGCCUGAGUGACCCCAGUCCAAUCUCUGACUCCAUCAGAACACAGGACAGCACUGCCACUAUGCAGGGAGUGGAUCAUCGUCACAUCCAGAGAGAACUGGCAGAUGUUGUUAUCCACCUGCGCACGCCAACUGUCCUUUCGUCUUCCGCAGUCAGAGUGCAGUGGACGGUUGAGCAGCAGUCCCCGUACAUCCAGGGUUACAAGGUUCUCUACAGGGCGUCUGCUGAGCAUGGCCAACCAGACGGGCAGUGGAUUGUCCAGGAGUUACGUGCCCCACUUGAGGACGGGGUGGUGAUCAGUCAGCUGAAGAAGGGAUCCAUCUACGAGUUCAAAGUGCGUCCCUUCUUUGACGAGUUCCAGGGAACUGACAGUGAGGUGAAGGUGGUCAGGACACUGGAAGAAGCCCCAAGUAGAGCACCCCAGGGAGUGACAGUCACAAAGACUGAGGCCAAUGGCACUGCCAUUCUCGUUUCCUGGAAACCUCCUCCAAAUGCAGAAGAGGCUGGACUCAUUCAGGAAUACAAGAUCUGGUGCCUGGGUAAUGAGAGUCGCUACCAUGUAAACCAGUCAGUGGAUGGCUCCACCUUCUCCGUGCUCAUUUCCAGUCUGGCACCGGGGAUUCGCUACAGUGUGGUGGUUGCAGCUAGCAAUGGUGCUGGACCUGGAGUACAGAGUGACGUUGCUUUCUUUCAGUUAGACUCUGCAGGCCAGAUGAUGGAUAUCAGCGAGGAAAGAGACACAUUGUCUCAGAUCUCAGAUGUGGUAAAGCAGCCCGCAUUUAUCGCUGGCAUUGGUGCCACCUGCUGGUUGGUUCUCAUGAUUUUCAGCGUGUGGCUGUACCGUCACCGCAAGAAAAGAAGCGGCCUCAGCAGCACAUACACUGGCAUCCGCAAGGUUCCCUCAUUCACCUUUACACCUACAGUUGCAUAUCAAAGAGGAGAAUCAGCAUGCAGUGCUGGCAGACCUGGCCUUCUCAGCAUGGGUGAACCCCUAAACCAGCUGUGGCUGCCAGACAGUUGGCCAAAUGCAUGUGCCAAUCAUAAGGACUGUAGCAUCAACUGCUGCAAUAAUGGCAAUGGCACUAGUGACAGUAACAUGACAACAUACAGCCGACCAGCCGACUGCAUAGCCAACUAUGGAAACCACCCAGAAAACAAACAGGAGGGACAGCUUGGGUCUGAGACAGCCAUAUACAGUGAUGUGAAUCUCUCCAACAAACUCAAUGAGAUUAAAACAUUCAACAACUCCAACUUGUGCUAUGCAAGUCCAGGAGGGGAUUCAGCAGCCACAUAUGAGCCUAUUCCAUAUGCCACCACGCAGCUCAUUCAGGCCAGCAUUAAGAAUAAGGCAGCCUCUGGCGGCUCAAUAGCAGAGCCUCUGGAUAUACCCUGCUGGAAACAGCCCCCCAAUUUGCCUCCAAUACCAAAGGAGAUGGCAGCACAGAUGCAAUACAACUUGACUGAACAAAAAAGUAAUGAUCAUUUGCAAGGAGUAGAAGGAAUGAUUCAUCCUAAAGCUAUCCCCUACAACCAGACCCGAGAUCACAGCACAGGUGGCUCACACCACAGUUCAGACAGAGGCAGCAACAGCACCUCAGGGAGUCAAAAUCAAAAGAAGGGAGUACGGGUCCCAAAGAUCCCAAAACAUAAUGCAGUAAGCUGGGGAGAAGCCCUAUCUCCUCCUCAUGUUAAUGCCUGGGACUGUGAUGAAUACAGCCUUCCCAUGGAAAGAAGUUUUAAUCCAGAAGAGAGAACUGAAGGCUGUCCAACUCCACCAGUUAGAGGGCCAGUCUCAUCCUCUACUGAAGUAUCUUAUAAUCACCCACCUAUCACACCAUCACAGGGAGACCUGACUAAUGGCCUACACAAUCCAGCAGAACAUCUCAGUCAACACGUCACAAGCAACCCUCGCCCUCUUUCCCCAACACAUACCUACAGCUCAAUACCCCUCUGCGUGGAUACUGAUGUACAGGAAGAGAAUGAUGAAGAUUUGGAGGAGGAAACAGAUGCAGAGCUCACUGAAAGUCAUUACAGCCAAGACCACAACCACGAGAAGCACAAACACCAGCUGCACCACCAGUCCCCACACAAGCAGCUGCUGCAUGGACUGGACCAGACCCCGGCCUCCAGCACUGGAGAUCUGGACAGAUCAGUCACAGGGUCUAUGGUUAACAGCUGGGGCUCAGCAUCUGAGGACAACAUCUCAUCAGGCAGGUCCAGUGUGGUCAGCACUUCAGAAGGAUCCUUCUUUACAGAUGGAGAUUUCAACCAGGCAGUAGCCUCAUCGCGGGAUAUUGUUGGCCUGCGCAUGUGCAGAUACCCAGAGGAGUCAGGGCGGCGGCAGCAGCGACCCAGCAGUCCCAUGUCCACAGAUAGCAACAUGAGUCCUGCAAUAACACAUAAAAGGCCCAGGCGACAUAAACAGAACCAAUCUGCUCCACAGGGUUACCAGCCCAAAGACAUCUUCAGUGAUGACACUUGUAUGCCUCUGGAUUUCACCAGCCAGAUGUCCCAUGGUGACUAUAAAGUGAGGGGGGCCACGCUGCCUCGGAUGGGCCCUGGGGAGGCCCGGGGUAGACGAGGCAGCACUGGGACUCACAGGGUCAAAGAGGCUACAGUUGAGGAAAGAGAGAGCCAGGAGAAGCACAAGAUUCCAUUAGCAGGAAAAGGAAGCAGCAAAAACCGACAGCACUCUGAAUUUGGGGACAUUCUUCUGUACAGUCGUCCCUCUUUCCCAUCAGGACAAACUCAGACAGUGCCAAAUGAGUCUAAUUCAUCCAAAUUUGCAUCAUCUGGAGACUCAAGGACUAAACAGGGUGGACAGGUGGCACCUUUGGGACAGGUGGAAGAGUUCCUGAAAAGCUAAGAAGCAAUGUGAGCUCAACAGGAAUAUCCUAUUGUUGCUUCAGACAAAGGACUACAACCUUUAAAAAAGUGGAAAAGACUCCAAAAAUACUGCACAAUAUAAGUUUUUUUAAAAGUCAGAUUUCUCAUUAAGUGUUGGAAAAAAAGGAAAAAAGUGCUCUCAUCUUUAAGUCACUAGACUUUUAUUUGAUGCACUGUUUAUUGUUUGCUUUCUUUUGCUGACCAGACUCCAGGACACUGACCUGUUGGAGGCUGGCUCUAGUAAUAUAAAUGCACAUUUGAUGGCAGUUGUGAGUGUCUACAAAAGUAUUGUCCACAAUGACUGCUUGAUGCGGUCCAGUAUGAUCUUUGUUUGUCAGUUGUCUUGUUACUUUGCUAUAAUUGAUAUACAGUCAUUACCUGCCAUCUUGUAAAUUGUUUACU